AUGGCCAGAUUAUCAUAUGUUUCGCUGGUAACGAAUGCAGAGUACUGCCUAGGGGCACUGGUGCUUGCCGCAUCUUUGCGGCAAACGAAUACAGUGAAAGAGAUAACCGUUAUGGUUACCAAAGGGGUCACGGAGGCAUAUCGUCGCCUGCUUCGAGAUGCAUUUGAUAACGUUAUCGAAGUUCAGGAAAUAGAAAAUCCGGAUCGAUCGUACGUGGAACGUUUUGGCCGUUCGGAGCUGUUAAUUACCUUCACGAAAAUCCGAUGCUGGAGCCUUGUACAGUUCGAAAAGUGUGUGUACCUGGAUGCUGACACGAUUGUUCUGCACAAUAUUGAUGAACUCUUUGAACGUGAAGAACUGACUGCUGUACCUGAUCCAUGCUGGCCAGAUUGUUUCAACACUGGUGUUUUUGUCUUUCGCCCCAAAAUAGAAACUUACAAAGAAUUGCUCAAGUUGGCCAAUGAGGUCGGAAGUUUUGAUGGCGGUGACCAGGGUCUGCUGAACACCUACUUUUCCAAUUGGCUAUCAAAAGGAAUAUCCCAUCGCUUAUCUUAUGUGUACAACUGUAUUUGUCAAAUAACGGAUGAGUGUGGCUUUGACUUCUACACAAGUACUGCAGCUUGGGUACACUUUGGAGGCACGAUUCGAGUAGCUCACUUCUCCGGGCCAGUCAAACCUUGGCAUCGCGUAUCCGCUGCGAAAGGUUGCAGUCUUAACGCCUGUGAGGCACUGACUAAGACGAAAUCGGAGCGCAGAGGCAUAACCCGUACUGCCGGUAUGCUAGCCUACUGGUGGUCAUUGUUCUUGAUCCUGGUCAGGCCGAAAUUAUCUCCGGACAUGGUUUUAGGAGACUUCUACAUAGAGACGAAAUACGCGCGCAGUAAUUUUCCAGACCAGAACCUGCAGCAAACUAAUGUACAGGACUCGUUGAAACAUGAAACUCGCGUCCCAAACGUCCACCAGUCUCUGGACUGGGCCACGAAAUCACCUUACUACCGACCUCCCAGUCCACCGAGAAUGGUUCCGUAUCAUCCGGAAUUUCACGAAACACGCUGGGAAUAUCUCCACCACGGACAGCGUACAGAUCAAGAAAAUCGCUUCCGUCAGUAUCAUGAGGUUCCAAAGCCUGUUCCUAAACCGGCGUCAUCAUUCAGUCAUACGUACGUACCACCUAAUCCACCACCUAAAUCAUCAUCACUUGCCCCACAGCGGGCUGCAUCGCCCACGGUAAAGAAAUCACAUCCACCUGCGCAAGAAAGUGGGUUUUUCUUUUCACCACCUCCACCGUCUAUACCACUACCAUCAACUCCAGUAAAACCACUGGCAUUAUCGCCGUCCAGUGGAGAAUCAGUCACAGUAAGUGCGCAAUCACGUUGUGAACCAGGGCUCGGUGAAUCCGUAUCUGAGACCACUGGCCUCACCAAGGAAAUCGUAACAUCGGUUUGGCAGCCAGAACCAAAAAGCACUUCAGAGCCUCCGCCAUCGUAUUUGCUAGAAUGUCAGAAGUGUAGGUGUGAGAUGACAAACGAGAAAAAGACUAUGCUGUCUGUUUCAAGAUCCCGCCACACUGAAACAGGAAGGGCGGAACUUCACAAACGUGUCAAGCAGAAAAGGAAGCGGGCAGCGCGCGCUGUCGUUCAAAAAGCAGGAAGCAAGAGGAUUGUGGAUGAUACCCAAGGCAGCGUAACUUGUGUCGGAAGUGUUUUGCAUAGCCAAUCACCUUCAAGAGCGACCAAACUUCAGAUUCCGGUGCUCCCCACCCAAGCUUCCGCUACGAAUUCUGAAUUGAAGCUAGGAAACGCAAUAAGAGGGCCAGAGCAACAAGGUGAUCUGCCUAAGCAAAGCAAUGAAGCGGUUUGCCUGGAAGAGACGACCUCACUUUCUCAUCAAAAAGGAAAAUUCGUUGUUCAGGUUCCACAAAAAUUACAUCAGUUUCAGGCACUGGAUUUGGCGAUCACCCGUCAAAAGGCGGAUGACAAUAAAGGGUGGAAGCAAAAAAGUCAACUGGAGCCAUACAACCUGGAACUUCCGGUGCCUAGGAGAUCUGGAAAGGCAAAGUUGCAUGCUUUCAGCUGGGAUGAGUGCGUUCUACACGAUGAAUCUCUCCGCNACCUGGAACUUCCGGUGCCUAGGAGAUCUGGAAAGGCAAAGUUGCAUGCUUUCAGCUGGGAUGAGUGCGUUCUACACGACGAAUCUCUCAGCUAUACAUCUCCACGCCAAGAUGUUGACAUUGUGCCAAUGGCUGAAAUACCUCUUAUUGAAAACAGUAUUAAAUCUCCGGUGUUCACAGAUUUGUUAUCACCAGAAAAAGAGCUGUUUAGUCGCCCUGAUGAAUUAGCCACUGGUUUUAGUCUUUACAAAUCCAAACGUCGAACAAUAAAGAAUUUGCGGAAAUCCCGCGAGAAACUUAAAGAACGAGGAUUUGAUAGAGAGGUUGCUCGGGCAACAUGGGAAAACAAGGAGGAGGUUGAGGAACUCUGCAAGCUAUUAUCGGCUUCUGGUUUACAACAACCUGGGAUAAGUGGUCAACUGGCUACGCUAAAUCUAGGCAAUAAACUGUGCCCGCGACACGAGUGGAUUGAAACGGAACGAAUGUACGCCUGGGAACGUGGAGAAAUCGAUUACACCGGGACUGAUCGAUUUGCCAAUAUACUCGCAAAGCUAUGUGAGACAAUGGUGAAAUCCGGAGGUGAAAAAAAUCUUCCAGUUGGACUGGAUCUCUCAUAAUAUGCUCAAAUUUAUUUUCUGAAGCCCCCUAUGUGACAGAUUAGUGGGGGCUUUUGAGCAGAAGUAGUUCACCGUGCAGAAGGUUUUUGCUUGCUGAAGUUGCUCACUGCUUUCAGCCUAUUCAUAUGAAAACAAUGCAAAAAUCGUAGAAUAGCCCCGCAACGCUGUACAGCCAAUUUCAUUAUUUUUUGUAUCACUAUCUAAUUAGCAAUAAAAGUUCGCUUAUUGUCAUAUUGCAUAUUGUCACACUUGAAGCUAAAAAGCCAAACGCUUCCGCAAUCUAUUCGCUAUAGCCGUUUAUUGUCUGUAUCCAGCACGGUGCUUUUGAUCAUUAAGUGUACCUUGUGCGGAUUCUCUAGAUCAUUUUAUACAACUGAGAAACUGUCCACUCCUUUCCAGCGCAUUGUUAC